AUGCGGCCGCCAUCAGUGUGGUAUUCGCUGCUAUGUGCCUGCCAAGCUGUUUGCGCCGAAGAGCAGACGCGUCUUGGCAAAGGGCAGCUGCAGCAGCAUGGUCCGAGUGACUCCUCAUCGUCCUCACCGCCGUCAUUCCGAUCGGAGCUGCUGGACCUCCACAGGUCGCUGGUGGAGAUUGAGUCCAUCUCUGGGCGGGAGUACGAUGUUGGCUCAUGGCUAUCAGAGUAUCUGAGCUCCAAGGGGUGGACGUCGACGGUCCAAUUCGUCCCCCCAAGGGAGGGCACCCCCCCCGGCGCGCAGCGGAUGAACGUCAUGGCAUGGCCGGACGAUAAUGACGGGACGCCGGACCCGAAAGUACUCCUGACGAGCCACAUUGAUACGGUGCCGCCGUUCAUCGCGUACAGUAUUGACGAGGGAGAAGUCACGCGCGACACGAGGAUCUACGGACGCGGCAGCGUUGAUGCCAAGGCCAGCGUCGCGGCCAUGAUUGUGGCGGUGGACGAGCUUCUCGAGAAGGAUGAGAUCAAUCCCCAGGAUGUCAUGGUUCUCUUCGUUGUGGGCGAGGAGGUCUCGGGCGAUGGGAUGCGGUGGUUCAAUGACUCGCUCGACUCGUUCGAUCGCCGCCCGGAGUUUGAUGCGGUCAUCUUUGGCGAGCCGACGGAGAGCAAGCUUGCGUGCGGGCACAAGGGUGGACUCGUGUGCCAUAUUGAGGCGCGCGGCACGGCCGGCCACAGCGGGUACCCCUGGCUGGCCAAGUCGGCCAACGAGCUGAUUAUGCGCGCGCUCGUCAAGGUCCUCGAUACCGACCUGGGCAGCUCAGAGCAGUUCGGCAACACUACCAUCAAUAUCGGUCGUCUGGACGGCGGGGUGGCCAACAACGUCAUUCCUGCCAGGGCCACGGCGGGGAUCAUGGGUCGCGUCGCCCUCGGUCCGCAGGCGACUGGCGGUGAGGUCGUGCGGAAGAGGCUGCAGGCUGUGCUCGACGAGGUCGACGAUGAGGCAUUUACGCUGGACUGUCCUCAGGGAUAUGGGCUUGUUGAGACGAACUGUGAUGUUGAUGGGUUCGAUAGCAUCGUUGUCAACUAUGGCACGGACAUUCCCCAUCUUGAGGGUGAACACACCAGGUACCUUUACGGCCCGGGGACCAUUCUCGUGGCCCACGCUGCCAAUGAGAACAUUACCGUUGGUGAUCUUGAGACGGCUGUUGUGGAUUACCAGAAGCUUGUUCUUAAUGCCCUAGGCAACUAUACAGCAUGA